AUGAGCAGGGAGCCGGGGCCCCUCCACGCGACAUGUGUGGACUUUGCCCAGGCGGCCAUUGCACAGCAACAGGACAUCAAACUCGAUGGGAUGUUGGGCCAGCUCCCUCUGCAUCAGGACUUUGCCGUUGACGUGGAUCCAGAGAUGCGGCGUCUUACCAUCCGAGACCCAGCUGACUCUCAGGAGCUCGCCUCGCAGGGCGGGCUCCGGCGGAUCCCUGGCCUGGCCUUGCCUUCACGCCUGUUGGGGGUAGAGCUACUUCACACACCUCAGACAAGAGGCUUCAGCAGCGUGUCACAGUCGGUGCCCGCUUUGGUCGACACGGGCUCAGCCAACUCAGUGGUUAAUUGGCCCGCGGCGGAGCUGUUGUUCGGACUUCGUCCUGGAGACAAAGUGGUACGUGAUGCACCGCGCAUUCGCGCAAUCGGGGUGGGUGGGGGUGCCAUCGACAUGCCACUGCUUCGAUUUUCCAUCGGCUUGGUGGCAGAGGGUGACCAUGUUGCUCCCCAAGCCGUUCGAGUUGCACUCGGCGAUGCAGAGGUCUUUGCUGAUAUCUUCGGCCGAGAGGAGUCAGGCUCUUGGCCUUUCGGCCUUGGUCCCAAGCCGCUGAAGCCUGCUGCUCUCAUCGGUCAGGACAUCCUUUCCCAGCAGAGAUACCUCCUGGUCGCGUCAGAGCCAGCGGUUUACGUCGCAGAGCAGCCUGAAAGCGAAGGUGUACUCGACUAUGUGGGAGAAGGUGAUUGUAUCGAUGCCGAGGGUCGGCGUCUUGCUGGCCUUCAGAAGCUAGGAUGCACAAUGGACGACGCCGCUUGGGAGUGUUUCUCCUUGCCUCCAGGUGCAUGCGCAGGCAUCGCUGUAACUCCCAAAGGGCGGUAUCAGGGCUUGUGCUACAUCUUUGUCGGCGAAGAGCUCGGCAAAGACGAGGAGCUCCGGUCGCGUGGCUUUGCUCGCUACGCGGCGCCAGCUGGGCAAGCGCUGGGGCCACCAGGUUCAACGGUGGUUGCAGCAGAUGGGACCCCAGAUGCGCAGUGCUUCCAAUGGCAACCGAAAGGAGGCUAA